AUGUGGGGCGGUGACGACAACAACAACGGACGCCAGCAAUACGGCGGCGGCGGCCAGGGCGGUCAUCACGGCGGCUACGGCGGCCAGCAGCAGGGUGAAUACGGCGGUCAGCAGGGCGGAUACGGUGGCCAGCAGGGCGGGUACGGUGGCCAGCAGGGCGGCGGCUACGGCGGCGGUCAGCAGGAGUAUGGCCGCCAGGACUACGGCGGUGGCCAACAGCAGUAUGGUGGCGGCGGAGGCAACUACAACCAUGAUGACGACGACGACCUGAAGGGCGCGGCCCACGCCGCAGCCCAGCACAGCGGCGACGGCGACAGCCCCAACUUCUUCGCCGACAUCCUCAACAAGAUUGGCGGCAACAAGAACAGCCUCGCCAACGAGGACCUCGACGAGGGCGCGGCUGUUCAGCACCACCAGCAGUACUACGGUGGCGGCGGCGGCGGCGGCGGCCAGGCGACCGCUGGCGGUAUGGGCAGCGCCGCGGCCAUUCAGGCGCUCAAGACGUUCACUUCGGGCGGCGGCGGCGGCGGCGGCGGCGGUGGUGGCAGCAGCCAGAGCCAGUUUAUCGGCAUGGCCAUGAGCCAGGCCAGCAAGCUGUUUGAUAGCCAGAGCUCGCAGGGCAACGUGGCCUCGGGUGCCAGCAAGGAGUCAGCCGUGCAAAAGGCCGGUGAGAUGGCCCUGAAGAUGUACAUGAAGAGCCAGGGCGGCUCGGGCGGCUCGGGCGGCAUGGGCAGCCUGCUGGGUAUGGCGAGCAAGUUCAUGUAA